CAAACACAAACAGAGUUGAGUAAUGGCAAUGGAUCUCUCUAUCACUUCCUUCCUCAGUUCUUCCUUACUGCUCCUCCUCCUCCUUCUCCUCAAGCUCAGGAACAAGCAGCGUGGCAGCAGCCUGCUUCCUCCCGGACCACGGCCGCUGCCCGUCAUCGGAAGCAUGCACCUCGUUGGAGAAUUGCCGCAAAAAUCCAUGGCCGCCCUGGCCAAGCAAUACGGCCCGGUGAUGCACCUAAAGCUGGGGGAGAUCUCCACCGUGGUGGUCUCCUCCCCGGAAUCGGCAGCCGAGGUGACCAAGACCCGCGAUGCCGUCUUCGCGAACCGGCCGGCGUCGCUGGCCUACAAGAUCCUUUCCUUCGGAGGCAAGGGCGUGCUGUUCACUCCCUACGGCUCCAACUCGCGCGAGCUCCGCAAGAUGAGCACCAUGUCCCUCCUCAGCGCCAAGCAAGUGCGGUUCUUCCGCUCCAUCCGCGAGCAGGAGACCGUGAACAUGCUCCGUUCUGUCGCAAGCGAAGCCAGCGGUUCCAUCGUGAACCUGAGCACCCAGAUCAUGCGGCUCACCAACGACAUAACCGCCCGCGCCCUGAUCGGAGGCAAGUGCAGGUAUCAAACGGAGUUCUUGGCGUUGGUGGAUGAGUCCAUCGAGGAGAUGAGCGGAUUCAGCUUGGUCGACUCAUUUCCGUCCUGGGCAGGGCUCAUCGGCUCCCUCAACGGCGUUCGACGCAAACUGACGAGGUUGCUCGCCCAAAUUGAUCUCAUAAUCGGCAGCAUUUUGGAUGAGCACCGGGCGGCGUGGGAGCUGAGCGGUGAGAAAGAAGAGAAAGACUUGAUCGAUGUGAUGCUGAGAAUCCAACACGAAGAAAGCCUUCCGUUUUCUCUAACAGAUGAGUUCAUCAUUGCUAUCGCCAUGGAUCUGUUCGUCGCCGGAAGCGACACCUCCAGCACCACUCUGCAAUGGAUCAUGUCGGAGCUCAUCCGGAACCCGGCCGUGAUGAAGCGAGCCCAACAAGAAGUGCGAGAAACCUUCGGCGGCGACGGGAAGCCGGCGGAGGAGGAUGUGGGUAAACUGAGCUACCUGAAGCUGGUGAUCAAGGAGACCCUGCGGCUCCACCCUCCGGCGCCGUUUCUCAUCCGCAUCUGCCUCGAACCAACCGAGCUGCUCGGCUACCAGAUCCCAGCCAACACUCGGGUGCUGGUCAACGCGUGGGCCAUCGCGAGGGACCCUGCAGUAUGGGGCGAUGACGCCGAGGAAUUCCGGCCGGAGAGGUUCGAGGGGAGCGCAGUGGACUACAAGGGAACUCACUUCGAGCUGUUGCCGUUCGGAUCGGGGAGGAAGAUGUGCGCCGGGAUGGGAUUCGGGGUGGCCACCGUCGAGUUCCCUCUCGCUUGCCUCCUCUACUACUUCGAUUGGAAGUUGCCGGAGAAAGAGAUCGAACUGGAUAUGAGGGAGACGUUCAAGUUAACGUCAAAAAGGAAGACGGAUCUCUGUCUACGUGCUGUUCCUCGUCUUCCCCUGCCCUAAUACAUACGUAUAUCAUUCCCUUAAAUAUAAAUUGUAGCGUGUUUGCUUAGAGCAUCCACGGUGGCUAGACCAGUUGAGAGCUCUUUCGUUGUCUGUGCCACAUCAAAAUUAAAAAUCUCAUAUCUUCUUCUACUAUCAAAAAA